AUGUUUAGAAGAUCAAAAGUGACAGAUGGGACAACCACUGGCCAAGUGGGGAUCAAGAAAAAAUCUAAGGUCCCCGGAGUGAUGAUUACACAGUUUACUGAGACACUGCCAGAGGGAAAGAGCCAUCCAGACUUCACCCGCAAGCCAAUUGCUUUGACCAUCCAAGAGGGAAAAUUUGCUUUUUUUAAAGCCAUUGUCACUGGAGACCCAAAGCCAAUGGUAACAUGGAGCAGAAAUAACGGAGAUGUGUCCGAUACAUUGAGAUACCAAACCAAAUACGAUCCCAAUUCCAAUGAGCAUACAUUUGAGAUGCCACAUGUUAUGCCAGAUCAAGCGGAUACCUAUAAAUGCUUUGCCACAAAUGAAUAUGGACAAGCCGUGGUCACAGUUGUCCUCAAUGUUAUUGAAGUUGGUUUCAAAAUGAACAAAGCCCAGCAACAAGCAGCAGAAGCCACUGAUGGGAACUUUAAGACUGUGCUGAAAAGGAGAAGUAAGAUCCGUCCCAAAUCUGAGCAACCUGGGAAAAAAGAGGGGGAGAUUGAUCCUAAAUUUUGGGAGCUCUUACUUAGCGCUGAUAAGAAAGACUAUGAGAGAAUCUGUGCAGAGUUUGGAGUCACUGACUUUCGCUGGAUGCUCAAGAAACUGAGUGAAAUGAAGAAGGAGAGAGAGGAAGAACAAGCUGAGUUUGUCAGAAACCUCUCUAACCUAAGACCUAUUCAGGUCAAUGCAGAUGGUACUGUCUCUUUUGAGAUUGACAUGGACCUUCUGGACCCAAGCAGCUCAAUCUACCUGUACAAGGAUGGUGAAAUGAUUCCAUAUACAAAGGAGUUGGGAGAUAAGAUGAAGCACAGCCUUAGACAAGUGGGGAAAAAGUAUAUUUUCAGUAUGAGGGACCUUAUGCCAGAAGAUGCUGGAUUGUACCAGUUGGAUGUAGAGGAUGUGAACAUGUUUUCCACUGAUUUUAAAAUUCCCAUGGUGGAUUUCUUGGUGAAAAUUCAGGAAGUGAAGGCAAAGGAGAGAGAAGAUGCUGUGUUUGAGUGCGUCCUGUCAAAUCCCUUCUCCAAGAUUUUGUGGUUUGGCAAGAAUCUGCCACUGGAGCAAGGGGAUAAAUAUGAUAUUGAGGUCUCAGAGGACAAGCUCAUUCACAGGCUGGUGGUCAAAGACUGUAUGGUAGUAGACAAAGGAAUUUAUUCUGCCUGCGCAGGAAUAAAAUCUUGCAAUGCAUGGCUUGUCGUUGAAGCUGACAAAGACGCACCAAAAGGUAAAAAAUCAGUAAGAAAAACAACAAGGGCAGGAGGAUCUGGAAUAGACUUGCAGAAGGUUGCCCAAGAGCAACAAGUAAAACUGGAGAAGGAAAGAGAAGAAAGAAAAGAAGAGAUUAAAGCUGCUAAAGAAGCUACGGCAGCUGCACCUCCACCUGAAACACCUCCAGCUCCUGCACCCAUUAAAGCUCCAGCUGUACCUAAGGCACCGAAAGAGCCUGAACCAAGAAUAGUGAACGAGCCAACAGCAGUGGCUUCAGAUCCACCGGUUGUGGAGAUAGUAAGCGCCGAGCCUGGAAUUACCUGUGGACUCUCCGAUAUUUAUUCUCUUCAUGGAAAACCGACUGAAUUAACUGUGAAGAUGAGUAUGGACUGCGAUGGCGCCUGGUUCAAAGAUGGAAAACAGUUAAACUCAGGUGCUGGGGUUACCAUAGCCAAAGAUGGAAAUUCUCACAAGCUGACAAUUAAAAGCUGCAGAGAUGAUGACUCUGGACUUUAUCGUUUUGAAUCAGGGGAACAAAGUACACAAGGAAAGGUCACUGUUGGAGAUGUACCUGAAUUUGACCCAGACGACCUUCACAAGUUCACCAAGCCUGUUAUAGUAAAAGUGGGGCAGAACGCUGCCUUUAAGAUGCCCUUUGCUUCUCAGGAAUCUUUGCUGGUCAGUUGGUUUAAGGAUGGCACUGAGCUCAAAGACGGAGGAGGAGUUAAGAUCGUGAGGGAGCCCAAUCACAGUCGGCUGCUGCUCAGAGACUGUCUGCAGACAGACACAGGGGAAAUAAAGAUCCAACUCAAAAACCCAUUUGGAGCUGUGGAGGCCAAAACUCAGCUUAUUGUGCUUGAUCGUCCAGGCCCACCGGAGGGUCCAGUGGAGACUGUUGAAACCACCUCAUCUAUAAUUGAGAUUAAAUGGAACCCCCCCAAAUACGACGGUGGCUCAGUCAUCACCAACUACAUUAUAGAACGGCAGCAGGCAGGACAGAGUCUGUGGAUGAAACUUGGGGAUGUCUCAGCUGACAGGACCUCUUUCAGAGACAGGAAUGUGACUCAUGGAAAGAAAUACAAGUACCGCAUCUAUGCAGAAAACCCUGAGGGCCUCAGCGAUGCCCUGGAGACAGCUGAUAGCAUUAUGGCUGGCAUAAUGAUACUCUCCGGUCCACCUGGUGUCCCCAAAGUGGUGAGUGCCUCUAAGACCUGUAUCAAUUUGACCUGGACCCCUCCAGAGGACGACAGAGGAGUACCGAUCAUUGGUUAUCAAGUAGAGAAACAAAAGAAGGACACAAAUCAGUGGAUUGCCCUGAAUGCACUUAAUGAGCCUAUUGAGGAUGUGAACUAUGCAGUUAAGGAUAUCACUGAGGGCGCAGAGUACGAGUUCAGGGUUUCAGCGAUCAAUGAGUCAGGAUCUGGAGACCCAAGCCCUCCAUCUGCAAUGGUGUGUGCAAAGAAUCCCAACAUGAGACCGUGUUUUAAAGACCCAGAGGACUUCAUUGUUGUCAGAGCAGGAAAUUCUGCUCGUGUCAAAAUUUGCUAUGAGGCUGAACCUCCACCUCAGAUCACUUGGCUGAAGGAUGAUGAGCCAGUAUCUCCAUGGAUUAAUAUCAUCAAUACAGAGGGAAUGUCUCAACUUGUCAUUCCCUCAUCAAAGCGGUCAGAUUCGGCAAUCUACACUAUCAAAGCCAAAAACUCUGUGGGUGAGGCUUCAUUCGACAUUGAGGUUAGAGUCACAGAUGAACCAAAGACACCAGGGCCAGUUGAAUUGGAGCAAACAGUCAAUGGCAAAGUAGUGGUAUCAUGGGCUCCCUCUCCAGACCAGGAGCUCGACGACCGCCUGUACUACAUGGUCUCUCAACAUGACUCAAGCACCAGAGUGUGGAGGACUGUAGCAGACCGCCUCUUCACUAACACAUACACAGCCAUCAACAUCCUCCCCGGGAUAGAGUAUCAUUUCCGGAUCUAUGCCAAGAACGAUGUGGGCCUCUCAGAUCCAUCUCAGUCACCUACAUGGGGUGCCAACAGCAACAGAGUUCAAAUAACUUCAAAUGGAAUGAAUUCAACGGAGGUCUGCUUCGAGAGGCCUCCAUCCAUCUUGGUCCCUCUGAAAGUCCACACUCCACCUAAAGGUUACCAGCUGUUCAUGACAUGUGCUGUCCGAGGAUGCCCCACGCCCACUGUAUCGUGGUACCUAAACGACAUCUGCAUCAACUCCGACAACAACUACUACUUAACCAACUCGUUUGGUGUGUGCUCCAUGUAUAUCCUAAGAGUCCGACCAAAGGACAGCGGUGAAUAUAAGGUGGUUGCAGUCAACUCUUUUGGCAAGGCAGAGUGUUCCACUAAACUUAUUGUUAGAGAUUAA